GACACACACGUAUCCUCUGUACAGUCUCAGUGUUCAGCUUCAUCAUGGCCGGACGUCUGCUGUUUGUCUUCUUCAUGUAUGUCUUUAAUGGGAUUCAAACAGAAGCUCGUCUUCCACCUAAACUUACAGUGAAUUCAGCGGUGAUCAAAGAGACAGACUCAGUCACACUGAACUGUCAGACUCCAUCAUCAGUGUCUCAGUGUUAUUACCAAACUUUAAGUGGAGAAACUGUGAAGAUAUUAUCCUGUCUGCAGACACUGACAGGAAGUGAACUGCUGAGGAUGGAUCAUCAGAGUUCAUCUGCUGAGGUCAAAGUGAAAUGUUUUUACACUGUUCAGAGUGGAGGCAGAAAUGUUCCAUCUCCACACAGUGACACAGUCUCCAUCAGCAUACAAAAUGAGACAAACCCGAACAAGGAGAGUGUCAGCACUUUGACAACCUCAGUUUCUAUUGUAACUUCACCUGCUGAUCAAGGUAUUGUAGAGAAAGAGUCCAGAUGGACCCAGAGGACACCAUCACUCAUCACAACCACAGGUCUGCCUACAAGUAGCUCUAGUGCCUCCACUAUUGUGAGACCUUUAAAAAAAACUUCAGGUUGGACUGUUGGCACAGCAAGUAACAAUGAUGGUCCCAACUUUGCCCACUCAACAUCAGUGAAACCAGAAUCAGGUGACAUGUUUAAUUUUGCUUUAACCUCAAUGCCAGUUUCAGCACAAGACAACAUGGAUGGUUGAUGGUUAUUGAUUGCUCAACCUGAUAUCUGUGAUGGAUAUACAGGUUCAUAACUUUUUGUGAAGAAAGCUUUCCUGCUGUGUGGGAUUAUUUGACUGUUUCAUGUAGUGUGUUUACGCUCUAUGUUGAAUAAUUCAGAUAACCUUAAAGCCAGAAGUCAACGGACUGACUUAGAUCAAUUGUGUUACAAUCCGGGGAGAGCAGGGGCAGUUGUAUCCUGAAACUGU